GACAGCUUUACCGCAAUUAUUUUCGGAUUACCAAUUGCAUUGUAAUUGUCAGUACUACGGUAACAUUUACGUUUCUAUCAACCGGGUCAGAAAUACAAAAAUUUAUAGUGUUGGCAAGAUAAAGAGCUUGUUUUGUUUUCUUUUGGUAAAAUAGGUCCGUCAAUUUUUAGAUUUUUGAAAGCUAGUACAAAACUCAUCGACAUGAGCCGACCAAAAGUACUGCUUUCAAACCCUACUAUUCCAUCAGUGGCGUUUGAUUUGCUAAAAGUCACAUGUGACGUCGUUACUGCAAAGUCUGGAGAUAAACCUUCUAUCCUUGAAGCGGUUCCAGGCGUAGACGCCAUAUUAUGGUGCAACUCACUGAGGUUAGAUCAGGAUAUAUUGGAUGCCGCAGGGCCGCAACUGAAAGUAGUCGCGACAUCCUCGUCAGGAUACAACCACGUGGACACAGGCGAACUAAAAAGGCGAGGUAUAAAAUUCGGAAAUACACCUGAUGUAUUAAGCAAUGCCGUGGCAGACAUUGCCGUACUUCUGGCUCUGGCCGCCUCUAGACGUUUGACCGAAGGACGAUUUCAUAUAGAAAAAGGAACUUGGGCCAAUAAUGGGAACAACUUUCAAUGGAUGCUUGGACAAGAUAUUGCUGGGUCUACCAUCGGGAUCAUUGGGUUUGGCGGAAUCGGUCAGGCAAUUGCCAAGAGAUUGUUAGGUUUUGGGAUCGCUAGAAUUUUGUACACUGGGCAUCGAGAAAAACCUGAAGGUAAAGAACUUGGCGCCCGGUUUGUUAAUCUGGAUACCCUGGCCAAAGAAAGUGAUUUCGUAAUCGUGGCGGCGCCGCUCACGAAAGAAACUGAGCACAUGUGCAACGCGGAUUUCUUCUCCAAAAUGAAGAGAACUAGCAUUUUAGUCAAUAUCAGCCGCGGUCAGUUGGUUGACCAAGAGGCAUUGAUCAACGCUCUGAAAGAGGGACAAAUAUUUGCUGCGGGCUUGGAUGUUAUGGUUCCAGAACCUCUUCCGCCCGACAACGAAUUGCUAAGUUUACCUAACGUCGUGUUGCUGCCUCAUCUUGGAAGUGCUACAGUAAGUACUCGAAACGCCAUGAGCGAACUGGCGGCGUUGAACAUCCUCCGAGUACUUGGUGGAGAAGAAAUGUUUACACCUGUACCGUUGUAAUUUUGUUUUGCUAGGACUGUUUAAUUGAGACAUUUGACCUUGAA